CGGACUCUGCCAUUAAUGGGUUGGCUUGGCGUGCAGAAGGAAAGCAGUGGAUUCCGCCACUAUCGGCGGGGGAGGUGGUAGUUACGGUGACGAUCCGGCGGGGCGUAACGCCAGUCGUUCAGCUGUUCAUAUUCGCUCAAAAUGGAGGGGAGGUAGCGAAGCAGUUUACAUAAAGCAGCCUCGCCUAGGGCAUCCUCAGCUGGACCCAGCGUGGGGAGCACAGGGAGUUGGGGCUCGGAACUCCUUCCCCCAGCAGCAGGAGGAUCGAGGUCGGGGCCGUGCACCAUGGGGCUCUCGGAGGCUGUGAGCCUGAACGGGCGGCUGUUACUCGGGCUCCUGGUAAACCUGUCCGCUUCCAUCUGCAUCGUCUUCGUUAACAAAUGGAUUUAUGUGCAGUAUGGCUUCCCCAAUAUGACCCUAACGUUGCUGCACUUUGUCAUGACCGCCCUGGGGCUCUAUAUUUGCCAGAGGCUCAACAUUUUCUCCCCCAAAACUCUCAAACCCACCAAGAUCCUGCUACUGGCUGUCAGUUUCUGCGGUUUUGUUGUUUUCACAAACCUGUCCCUCCAGAAUAACACCAUUGGCACCUAUCAGCUGGCUAAAGCCAUGACCACCCCAGUCAUUAUAGUCAUACAGACUGUCUACUACAAGAAAACGUUCUCUACCAGGAUAAAACUGACAUUGGUAAGAAUCAUCAAGUCUAAUAAUAAGCACUAAACAUUUUGGACUGGG